AUACUUCAAAGCUUGCUCUGAUAUUCAUUCCAUAUACUCUUACUCAAGUAACUCAUCUACAAUGGGGAUCAUGAAGAGACUUGUUGGGAUUUCCGAAGCAAAGAAGAAGCUAGCAAGGACGCUCUCUCCCAAGAAAGGGAGCAUUAGGGCGACGAAAGACGACAAAGUCGCCGUCCCAAAGGGGCAUUUUCCGGUAUACGUCGGGGAAGCGAGGCGGCGGUUUGUGGUUCCGAUAGAGUAUUUGGAGCACGCUUUGUUCCGGGAUCUGUUGGAGUGGGCGGAGCAAGAGUUUGGGUACGAGCACCCCACCGGAGGGCUCACUAUCCCAUGCAGUGAGGACUACUUCUUGAGCCUCACGUCCCUCCUCAUCAACUCCAAAUAAGUAUUCAUAUAGAUAAUUAGAUAGACAAAUAGAUAGCUAGCUAGAAGUAGAAAAAUGUGUUAUUGUAUACACUCAGACGCCGGCGUUGUAAUAUAUAUGAAUUAUUGAUAUACACAUUUAAUUUGAUGAACAUUAUUAAUUUUUAACAUGUGUUGAAAUUGAGAGAAAAAAAGAAAAAAAUCUAGAUUUUUGAAUGAUCUGUUUACAAAGUACUCCCUCCGUCCUAAAAAGUUUGUUACGUUUAGAAAAAACUGCGUUCUGUAAAGUCCGUUA